UUCUUUUUUUUUUUUUUUUUUUUUCUUUUCUACUCCUGUUCGACCACCGUUUUUUUCUCGUUUAUUUUUCAUUUUUUUAUUUCUGAUGAUACCCAAACCUGACUCACGUAUGUCUGAGUUUGUACUUUAUACGACCCUUGUUUUGUUUAUCUUCAGUUUUGUCCAGGUCCCGGGGUUCUGGAUCAACCCUGCCAUACCCACCACAACAAAGAAAAAGAAAACAUAGAAAAAGAAGUCUCAAGAGGAACACACACGGUUACCCAUGUUGACGAUGGAUUUAUGAUUUGGACGACAACGGAAAAGCCUAACCUACCCACCGAAACAAAACCACCAAACCAAAAGCAAAGAAACGCAAUUGAGAAAAGUUAGAUCAUUAGAUUUGAUCCGGUGUCUGUCGUCUUGUCUGGAUGAAUUGCUUUAUGAUAUGGAUGGAUAUUUGGAUCUGCAUAUCGGAUUGGGACAGGCAGGCAGGCACACUAUCGUGAAUUUCUUAGAUGGGUUGGGGGGCAUGGAUGGCGUUUUUUUGGUUUAUCAUGUUAUGUUAUCCACGUUUGUCAUAUUUCGUUCUGGAUGUACAAUUCUGCAAUAAUAGCCUUUUCCAUCCGUCAUCUUGUGUCUUUUCUUUUCUUUCUGUUUGUAUGUUCUAAACCAGUGUAUGACUGGUAAUUCUGUCUCGACUGUUUUGUGCUGUCUGUCUCGUCCUUGGGGAUGAAGUCACUUGUGGA